GUAAUAUUUAUAUUAGGAUAAUAAAUAGUUUUAUUUUAAUCUUACAUAAAAUUCUUAAUUAUAAGGUAAAUUAGAUAAUAAAAAAAUCACGUUGUAUUGUUUUUAAUGAUGUAUUAACAAAAUGGCGACGUCCAAUGUCAAAUUGGAAAAAUGUGAAGUGUGUAGUGCAAAUAAAGCAAAAUAUACUUGCCCAAAAUGUGAGGUUAGAACGUGCUGUCUCAUAUGUGUAAAUAUUCAUAAAAAAGAACUUGAAUGCGAUGGAAUUCGAGAUAGAAUGAAGUUUAAACCAUUAUCUUCGUUUACUGAUUUAGAUCUCUUAAAUGAUUAUCGAUUGCUUGAAGAAGUUGGUAGAUCAGUUGAUAAAUUUAAAAAGAAUCCACUAAAAAAAUGUACACGAAACAUCGAUUUACCUGUGCAUUUAAACAGACUAAGGAUAGGUGUUUACAAUAGGAAAGUUAAUUUUCAUUUCAUGCCACAACAUUUUACUAAACAUAAGAAAAAUACAACAUUUUUAAAAUGGAAAACGAAUGAACUAUUUUGGAGAAUAGAAUGGUUAUUUCCACAAGCAGACAAUAUAAUACAGGUCACAGAAAGAGCCUUGGAAACAGUUCGUUUGUCAACUCUCUUAGAGCAAGUUUUAUAUCCUCUCAAUGCAAUGGAGGAGAAAAGUGAUAUUGAAAAACUAAAUUUAAAAUUAAGUUUAAAUGAUAAAUUACAAUUUUAUCAAGCUGCUGAUCUAAAUGGAUUAAAAGUUCUUCUGAAAGCUGAGAAGAUAACAAAGUCUGAUAUUAGGUUUCACGAAUUAGAUAUUACACUUACACUGAAGGAAAAUUUAGAAAACAAAACUAUAAUAGAAUUUCCAACAUUGUAUGUAGUUUUAAAAGAUCAUGUAGAUAUGUAUGAAAUUAUAGACACAGAUGAUGAAGAAAUUUAUCCUAAGAAAAACUGUGGACAAAAAAGGAGAUGGUCGUAUAUAGAUAAAGAUAAAGGAGAAUUACAAGACAUAAAUAAACCUGUGAAUUAUUUUUUUAAUACUACUUCUAUAGAAUCUGAUGAUGAAGAGUUAGAUAUUGCAAAUAAUAUCGAACAAAAUACAGAAGAUAAAACCAGAAAAUGUAGUUUUAAUAUACCUAAUUAUGAUGAAUUGAUUAAAACAAACUAUAAAUAAUAUGAAUUGAAUAUCUUCUAUAAUAGAAAUAAUCCUUAUAAAAAAAGAAAAAAAAAACAAAAAGUAAUAAAGACCUAUUAAUUUGAACAUUCUAAUAAUUUAUUCGUGCGUGUGCACAGCCAAAAUUUAGCUAUCAAAUUCUGCUAUUUGGAUUCAAAGUUUUAUUAUAAAUACUAUCUCUCAGUAAACUGGCACAAUUUGAUAGAAACAUUACAACAUUAAUAACACAUACAAGCAAAUAUUCACAAAUUUGAUUGGUUCCUUUUCCAUCACGUAUAAUAUGUAUGUAAAUAUUUAUAUGUUAGAUUCCUUGUACAAUACCCCAAAAUACUAUAGUUGCUAAUAAAUAAGUUAUAAAUUGGAAUCCAACAUUUUUGGAAAUGUGAUGAAAAAAGAUUUUCAUAAAUUUAAGUUAUUAUAAUGAACUUAUAAAAUGAUAACUUAUACCUAAUAUAUAUUCUUCUCAUUUUUCAAACUUACAAUAUA